GCCCAGCUUUAGCUUACUAACUCACAAUGAAGUAUUUCGGCGGAGUCGAAGGCGGAGCCACCCACUCCAGACUGGUGAUCUGCGAUGAGAGCGGCCAAUCCGUGGGCUCCACCAGUGGCCUGGGCACGAAUCACUGGGGCAUCGGGAUCCCGGAAUGCGCCCGUCGGAUCGAGGACAUGGUGCAGCGGGCCAAGGAGGAGGCGGGCAUUCCAAAGGAAACGCCCCUCACCAGCCUGGGAUUGAGUCUCAGCGGAUGCGAACAGGAGGCCACCAAUCGCGAACUGGAGCAGGAGCUGCGCACCACGUUUCCGGACCUGGCUGAGAGCUAUGCGGUCUCCAGCGACACCAUGGGCAGCAUGUACACCGCCUCAUCGAUCGGAGGAAUGGUCCUGAUAUCCGGAACGGGGUCCAACUGCCUGCUGCGCAAUCCCGAUGGCUCCACUUCGAAUUGCGGCGGCUGGGGCAACUUCCUCGGCGACGAGGGAAGCGCCUGGUAUAUUUCAUACCGCGCCGUCAAGGUGGUGUUCGACCACAUGGACAACUUCGAGAAGUCCCCCGCUCCCGUGGAGAAGACAUGGGCCCUGAUCAAGGACCACUUCAGCCUGGAGACGCGCCUGGACAUGCUGCCCCACUGCUACGCCAAGUUCGACAAGCCCUUCUUCGCCAAUCUGUGCAAGAAGUUGUCGCAGAAUGCCGAGAAUGGCGAUAAGCUGGCCAUCGGUUUGUUCCGAGAGGCAGGCGUUCAUCUAGCGAGGAUGAUCCUCUCCCUGCUGCCCAACGUGCACAGGGAUCUGGUAAAGUCCGGCGAUUUGAGUGUGGUGUGCGUGGGUUCGGUGUGGUCCAGCUGGGAGCUCCUGCAGGAGGCCUUCAUCGCGGAACUCUCGAAGACGAGCAUCGACUUCAACCUGAAGCUGGUGCGUAUUACCAAGAGCAGUGCCUACGGAGCCUGCUACCUGGGAGCGGAUAGUGCGGACUUUGAUCUGCCCAGGAAUUAUGCAGAUAACGUCACGGUCCUCUACACCUACACCGAUCCGCGAAAGAAAGCGAAUGGCACCAAUGGGUUGGCCACUAGAUAACUUGUAUUAGAUCAUCCAUUCCGAAAUAUACUUCCAAAUUGCCAACGA